CGACGACGACGACCGUCGAGGAAGGCGGAUCUGAAGCUCGAGCGCAGCAUCGUCAUCACCACCAUCACCACUUUCACCUCGUCCUCACCCCUCUCGUCAUCGUCGCCAUGGCAGCCGUCGCAUCUACGUCUGCUCAGCAGCAGGCAGCGGGCGACUUCAUGAUUCAGCCAGAGAAGACGGGCCCCGUCCUCAACACUUCUCAGUGGCCUCUGCUUCUCAAGAACUACGACCAGCUCCUCGUCCGCUCAUCCCACUUUACCCCCAUCCCUCACGGUUGCUCGCCGCUGAAGCGCGACCUGCAAUCCUACGUCAAGUCGGGAGUUAUUAACCUUGACAAGCCCUCGAACCCCUCCUCACACGAGGUGGUCGCUUGGAUCCGCCGUAUUCUUCGCGUCGAGAAGACGGGUCACUCCGGCACUUUGGACCCCAAGGUCACAGGAUGCCUCAUCGUCUGCAUCGACCGAGCCACCCGUCUGGUCAAGUCGCAGCAAGGAGCAGGAAAGGAAUACGUUGCCGUUCUGCGACUGCACGAUUCAUUGGGAGAUGUCAAGAAAUUGCCUCAGGCAAUUGAGACUCUCACGGGAGCCCUGUUCCAGCGGCCGCCCCUCAUCUCGGCCGUCAAGCGUCAGCUGCGUAUCCGUACCAUCUACGAGUCGAAGCUCCUCGAAUUCGACAACAAGCGUCACCUCGCCGUCUUUUGGGUUAGCUGCGAGGCUGGAACCUACAUUCGUACGCUCUGUGUGCACCUGGGACUGCUCCUUGGCGUCGGCGGUCAUAUGCAGGAGCUGAGGCGUGUUCGCUCAGGAGCCCUCAGCGAGAACGACGACAUCGUAACGAUGCACGACGUACUGGACGCUCAGUGGCUGUAUGACAACCAGCGCGACGAGUCGUACCUCCGCCGCGUCAUCCGCCCGCUCGAGUCGCUCCUUGUAGGCUACAAGCGUAUUGUCGUCAAGGACUCGGCAGUCAACGCCGUCUGCUACGGCGCCAAGCUGAUGAUCCCCGGUCUCCUCCGCUACGAGGCCCAGAUCGAGCUCAACGAGGAGGUUGUGCUCAUGACCACCAAGGGAGAGGCGAUUGCGCUCGCGAUUGCGCAGAUGACGACGGCGGAUUUGGCGACGGCGGACCAUGGGAUUGUGGCAAAGGUCAAGAGGUGCAUUAUGGAGAGGGACACGUACCCGCGUAGGUGGGGUUUGGGACCCAAGGCGAUCGAAAAGAAGAAGAUGGUCAAGGAUGGCAAGCUUGACAAGCAUGGAAAGCCGCUGCCCGGUGUCACGCCGGAUGCGUGGACCAAGGGAUACGUAGACUACGCCGGCGAUGCGGGCAACGCGGGCGCCGCAGCAGCAGCGAGUGGCAGCGGUGCUGGUGCCAACGGCAAUGAAGCAAUGGCAGCUACGGCAGCAGCAGCAGCGGCAGGCGCAGCAUCAGGUGUCGAGGCAGCAGCGGCGUCAAAGAAGAGGAAGGCCGACGAGGAUGACGAUGACGAGGCCGAUGAGACAACGGCGACUGCGGGCGGCAAGCACGAUGGCGAGACGGAAGAGGAGCGUAAGGCGAGGAAGGCGGCCAAGAAGGCAAAAAAGGAGGCAAAGAAGGCCGCGGCUGCAGCAGGGGGUGAGGAAGAUGGCAAGAAGAGAAAGAAGGAAAAGGCGUGA